AUGGCCGCCGACACUUCAAAACGUUCCAAUCUCGUGGAUGUGACCUACCAGGCUCUCCACCAAAACCUCUCUGGCCACCUCGAGGGCACAACCAUCGAACAACUCUCAGACAUAAUCAAGCCGCGUGUGGAUCAACUCCGUAAUAUCUCAGAACCAUUUGGAAGGCCGUCAGACGCGUCGAAGAAAAGAGUAGACUCUGGCUCGGUCACUCUUCCUGACGGGGUGAUCCUGCGCGUGGAGGAGGCGGACAAGGAGGUUGUGUUCACCAUCAGUAAGAAGCUCGGCAUCGACGAAGUGCAGGCACUCGUGCUCCUCAGGUCGUUCCUGUACAAUGAAGGUCUCCCCGAAGGCGUCAACACGGACUCGGCAAGCAUGGCGGACGAACUCGUAGAGGCUAUCACCCCCUUCUACUAUUCCGAACGCCUUCACAUCCUCCGCACCCUCAUUCCCCUCUUCCGUGCCGAGGAGAACGCCUCCGACCCAGUGUAUGAGAUCGCGAGUGAGUUGCUCCCGAAGAUCAUUCCAGACUCCAGCGCGUUCGCCUCUAGCGUCCUAGCGGAGUACCUGCAGAAGACCCACGCCGCGGUCCCCGAGGCUUCUCAAGACAAUACUCGUCAAGCCGCUGUUUGGGCGAAGCAGAACGCGAAAGAGCAGCUUGUCAUGCUGGAAGUACUCUUUUGGACGAUGUGGAGCUACGCGACUUGCAGUGGACCUUUGGUGGCGAAGAUCUACGAGACCGCGUACGAGACCCAUCUCGGCUCGCAGCAGCACAACUCAACGUUCCUGCUCGACGAGGAGAGUGCGCAAAUUCUACAGGACUGUGCUGCGCUGUGGAUUCUGAUCACUGUGGAGGUGCUGGAGUUGGAGCGUGCAGCUGGCAUGGGUGUCGAGAUUUCUGCGAACUCUACGGACAAGGACAUCUACUGGGCGUCUCCAGAAUCUCUGAAGAGGAUACAUCAGGCCGUCAUCUCUCAAGGGAACAGCAAUUUCGCGUGCACGUAUGUCGCUUGGGCCUUUGUGCUGUCUCGCAUCUCCCAUACUGCCCUAGAGCUCAAGGAAAUCCCCAAUUCCUACAUCGGCUUCUUCGACUCUCUGAUACCCAAGGAUGGCGGAGGAUACUCGAAGGACGGCAUUCGAGCGUUUGAGGUCAUGGCGAAGAUUGGCCUCAGUCCAGACGCGGGGCUGUUCAGCCUCCUCCUAACGCUGCUGACGAGCUCGCCUCUCUUCGUUACUUCUGUUGCGUGGCGCACAGGAUCUUCAGUAACAGACCCGAACGCCGUGGCUUAUAGGUCUGUCCUGAAAGGUUGGUUGCUCGUCGCUAUCGUCCAGCUUGUACCGGUCGAGCACAUACCCGACUUCGAUGGUCUCCUCGAAGUUUGGGUCGCCCUAUUCGGUAGGAGCGAACCUCAGGCAGUUGCCGGUAUUUGUCGCCAGUUUUGGGAGGCCGACUGGCAUGAGGGUAUCACCCGCCGCGCCAUUGUUGACGUGGCGCGUUCACGAUUCCCCGUGCAGGUGAAGCCAGUCAUCCGACUGUUGCGUAGCCUAACAGCGACAGGCUUCCUCGAGACAGACCCUCUCUCCACGGCGGACCAUGUUCAACCGACCGCCGAGGUAGUAGAGGAACGCCAGCUAUGCACCCGCGCUGUCUUCGAAUUCUUCGACCAGCUUCCCUCUUACACCCAAGUCAUCCAGGUCAGCACAACCAGCGGCGCGCACGCCCUCUACGAGAAGCUGCCGGAGAGGUACGGCUCAUCGUCAAUUGCCCCCGGUCCUUCGUAUAUGAACUUGCGCCCUCUCCGACUUCCGGGUGGUUCAAUACUUCCGGCGAAGUCGGUCGGACACCUUCUCAGCUCCGAUGGCGGGGACCUCAUCGUCGUGUCUUGGCAGCACAAACACUCUGGAUGGAAGGUCCUGCUCGAGCUUCUGACCGACUACGUUAACCGGAGGCGCAUGCAUUCAGGCGCAGGCGGUGGUUACAAGGACGUCUCGUUCGGUAACCGCAACACCAACCAGCCGUUGGCGUUGAAGCUGGAAGACGUCGGAGUUGAGAUGGAUCGUAACGGGGAUGAGAGCAUCAUCAUCGACGCCCUUGACCUCAUUCGAAGCGUGGUUCAGGACAACCAGGACCUGGCGCAACAACUCUUGCUCUCAAUGGAGAGCGGCGACCCUGUUGUGUCGCAUACGAUGACCGAAGCUCAGCCCCCAGAUCUUGUGCAGCUGACAACAGCCAUCCUCGAAGAAGCACUCACUCGCUCCGCCGGACAGCACCAUACCGCUCCUCGAACCCAUCUCAUCACAUCCGCUAUCAGCGUCCUCACCGCUCUUCUCGCCGUACCCAACUAUUCGAACCGCGUCUGGUUGUACAUCCGUUCGACCUCCUCCUUGUUUGGUUCUGAACGCAAUAUCGGCAUCGCGUCCACCGUGCUCGCCGCGGAACGGCUCACCGGACAUUACACGAUGACUCUGGCUCUACUCCAUCUUGUCGAUGCUCUCUUCAGCGAAGCUUCCGCCUCCGUACUCCUUGUCACCCAGCAAAAUGCGAGGUUGCAGCAAGUGAAGGAGGAAGUUCUCAUGCGGGCGGCGCGGUUCAUUCACUCGGAGAUAUGGGUGGAACAUAUGGGCUGGAAGUAUGCACAGCUUGGCGACCGGUUCGAGAUCGGGAGGCGCGUAUCGACGUUCUACAUGGAGGUCUUCAAGCACUCUUCCCCUGCGCUGAAGGACGCGCCGUUCACGAAACUCAGUCAUGCGAUUGCCGAUGCGCUGCUGUUCAAAGCCACAACGUCCACGGUGAACCCCUUGGUGGCCUCCCUCGUAACUGGUGGGUCAGUGAUGAGCAUGUUGUACGCGUCCCGCCGGUACGGCGAUGCGCGACGGCUCGUCUAUCUCCUUGAGUCGCAUCUGGCCCUCACUCGCGUCCUCCUCACGUACAAGCAGAAGUCGCCAGGCUCUUCGAAGAUCUGCCUGCUGGAGCAAGCCCUCUGCAGCCGAGUGGGAGGGGGAGGGUCCUUCGAGGGGGGUUCAUCGAGAGCCGACCCCGUCGACGCGUUGGCGGCGUACGUCAGGGAACGAAGUAUGGGCGACGUUGUGCCUGUCACGGCCAUGCAGGUCCUCUUCGCACUGUGUUCCUCGUUGUCCACCUCCGAGGGAUCCGCUUCCACUAUUAUCGGUCACCUUUCCGACCCCGAAGCGACCGUUUCCACGAUGGUACGAAUCGUUCAGCACCCCUACGACGACGCGCUCCUCCGCAACGCCGUGUGGAACUUCAUCACGCUAGCCGUCGACAAGGAGCCUGCCCUCGCACGGCUUUUUGUUACGGGCCGCUUCCGCGCGCCUAGUGUCAAGGGGAAGGAGAGAGCAGAGGACCCGGGGGCUCCCUCUAAGACCAUCAGCGCUCUCAGCGUCGCUUGCGACAUGCUAGAGUCGUGGAAUGAGCUCUGGGAGCUCAACCCGAAGCUUCUGGCCUCUUUGCUGCGCUUCCUGGACGUCGUCUGGCAGCAUGGUCACGAACACAAGGCUUCGUUGGACCCUAUCCGUGAAGACGGGAAGCUAUUCGAUCACCUUGCAGGCAUCAUCGCCGAGGAGCUCGGACCCACUCCAGACUGCGACACGGAUAGCUACAUCGUCACGGAUGGCACCCUGCAUUCCGACCACCACGAUGCCGUCUCUACCUACUCCUACCGAAGCGCCCUGAAGUCCCAUGCCGCUCACAUCCUGGCUGCGGAUAUUCGGAUGCACUUGCAGGCUCAGGAGGGCAACGCUUCUCAGGCGUGUAAAAAGAAGCCGCGGAGCUACACAGCGAUCGAGGCGAUUCUACGAUCCGAGGACCAGAUCACCGAGCUCAUUCCGGAGGCUUCAUCCAGCGCGUACCGUCCCGACCUGCAUGACGAGUUCACCGAGCUCCUCAAGCGCCAUUAUCCCACACUUUCUCUCGAGCAGCUUCAGGCGCAAGAGCCCAUUGUUGAACGCGAGUAUGGUGACGACUUCGCCUUCACGAUGUCUCUCAUUCGCCUUCGCUUGAACGCGUAUGCUGCCGACGACGAAGUGCAAGUCGAGGAGGCCGUACGUCAAUUGCACGCCAUCAACAUGAACCUCUCUCUGGCGCAUGUACAGACAACACUGGCGGAGUCGUGGCAGUAUCUGCUCCUACAGGUGGUCCCCUACUUGCGUGGCGAUGUCACCGUACGAACGCAACUUCUGUCUUUGGCGGACUCGCUCUCUGCGGACAUUGCCUCGGAACAACGUUCUGGGGAGAUGAUGUCCAACAUCCACUCCGCACGACUCUCGCUGCUAUUAUCGCUGCUCGAGAUUGCCUGGUUCUCCACGUCGGAUAAGAAGGAAGAAGUCAGCCGCUUCCUGGCUUUGGUCAAGAAUUCACGCGGGAUCAUCACCAACGGGGCGCAGCCCCCCGCCAAGUCCAUCCUUGGCCAAGUGCCUGUCCCCUUCCACCGACCUCUCCUUCAGGUUCUCUAUUUCUGCGCGCGCCACAGUAGGAGUCUUGCGCGACGUCCAAAGACUCUCACCGCCGAACACCGCUUAGCUGUUGCUGGUCUGCUCGAGGCGGCCCUUGUCUUUGUCAUUGACGGUUUGCGUAUCACCUUCGACAGAGCACGCCUCCAGUUGGAUCUCGAUGUCGACCAGGAUAUGGAGCUGCUCGUCGCUGUCUUCGAGCAGUGCACCCGUCCGGACCUCAACCCGUCGCCGACGCUCUGGCUGACUCGCUGCCAAGAGACCGACGUCGUACGUGCCAGUCUGCAGCUCUUCAGCAGCAUGGACCUGGUCGGACUGUCCGAUGUGGCUCUCCUCCGUGCCCGCAAACAACCUCUCUAUACUCCGCACGUUCUCACAUUCCACAUGGCCCUGGCCAGCAUCCCCCUAGCGGCGGAACGACUCGCAGGCGAGGGCCUCCUCUCCGCGUACAUUGAGAACGCGAUCAGUUCAGCUAUCCGGGAUGGCAACAUCGACGUCACAAUACCCGAGCUUCCAGGAGAGCAGAGUCCCGCGCACCGCGCGUACUGCUCCAUGCUAGCGAUCAUCGCUGGGGUGUCGACAGCGCUCGGUCGGCAUGGACAGUUCUUCGAGUCCGACGUAUGCGGCCUCCUGCAGUUCUACAGCGAGCAGAUCCAUCGCGGGCUAUCCUGGACGAUCGACGACCCUCUCUCGCUGCCGCACCUCGAGGAGAUCGAACAAGUCGUGAACCUCUUCGGGGCGAUCGCGCAGGGCACGGCGGCGAGCACGAACGAGGCCGUCAAGCGGGUGACGCGGUUCUUCACGUCGGACGCGCUGCUCCUCCUUCAGCAGCUCAACUACGCACUCACGCAUCCGAACCAUCUCGCCAGCCUCUUCGAGCCCAUCACCGCGGAGGAACGCGUGCGGUUUGAGGCGGACCGGGGGGUGUCGUCGAUGAAGAUGCCGUCAGAGGCGGUCGAUCCUAUGCGGCGGCCUUUCCUGGCACGCCUCGUACAUCGUCUGUACCGACUGUCGGGAACGUUGCUGUCUGCCUUGAUCGACAUCAGCAGCGCGGAGACUGUCCUGCUUGGAGAGCCAGAAGACUGGCAAGUGUCUCAGGCGCUCAUUGUACCACAUUCGAAGGUGGUCCUUGGGGAACCUGCGUCACUGGGGACGUUGCUCGAACUGGGCAACUGCUCCCUGGACAUCCUGCGCCUCCUCGUCGACCGGCCGCCCACGCAGGCCCUCACGCCUGCAACGUCAACCGAGAAGGCGCUCGACGUGCGCGACACAGUCGCUGCGACACGGCGGAACCUGGAGGCCGCGCUGCUGUACGCGGUCACUCAGCUCGCGACGUGGCUCUCGAAGCCUGAGUUCGACGCACCCGCGGACGAGGCGGACGGGGACGAGAUGCUUGUUGAGGGCGGCGCGGGCGAGGCGGCGAGCUCGCUGAAGGAACGGCGCGCGGCGCGCAAGGCGUCGAUGUCGCUUGCGGAGCGGCUUAGGAGGGGUAUGACGGGCGAGAUGGCGGCGGAUCUGCAGGGGCUGUUGGGCAAGGCGAAGCCGGUCAUUGCGAAGAGUGCGGUGGUGCUAGGGGAGAAGGACGUGGACUUGACGCAAGUGCUCGCGUACUUUGUGCAGGAGCGGAUAUCGGUUCCGGCGUAGUGUACAGGUGAUGAAGGCGUGUUGUGUUGGUGUCGGUGUCGUUAUGUGUAUGUCAAAAGUUCUCUAGUUCGUAUCGCGUUGUGCUGUGUAGCC